CCAAAGGGUUGGGGCUUGCUGAGAGAGGUCAGAACAAGAAACAUGAGCCUGGGGGAAGGGUAAGUGCUGGUGAAGGAGAAGACCUUGUGGCCUGAAAUAUACUCUUGAGUUGAGAGUGGAUUUCAUUCUCUUUAUUCAGCUCAUAGUGGUGAGGAGGAAUAUGGCCUAACUGGGCAAAGAGCAAUUGAACCUGGGGAAGAUAGGCAAAGGGGAUGUGGGGGCCUGGAGAACUGAUAUUUAAAGGAUGAGCAGGGGAGGCAGGAAUCUGCAUUUAUUCCAGAGACUUCCAUUUAUUCCCCCAAAACAUCAGGUUCUAGAUUCACUCUGGAAAUUCUCCUGGCCUCCAUCAGACACCUUGUUUGGGAUAAGGAGGAUUUCUCCUCCUGCAGAAGUACAGGUUCCCGCCCCCCCAAAAUCCAUUUCCAUAUCAAUUUACCUUCCUUGUAAGUGUUCCCUGUUCUGUGCACUUAACUGCUGAUUUAUUAUUCCUUCUGGUAGAUGGUGGUCUUGCUAGUUCUCUCCACUUUGAGAACUCGUUCUGGUUGGCAAAGCAAAAUUAUGAGUCUCAGUAACAUUGUCCAGGGGUCUCAUAUGCAUCCACUCUACUAAAUCCCCCCCCUCCUGAGUCCUGUGGGUGGCAUCUGAGAGGCUUAUAAAUCGAGAGGUUUUUUUGAGCUUCUCAUAGAAAAGAGUUGGAAACCUAGGAGAGGCCUACAUAGGAGCCAUAAAUCCUGCUGCCAUGAACUGGUUGUCUUUAAGAUUCCAUAGGGCAUUCCUAGGAUCUGCAGUGUGGCACCCAUUGCACCCUCAGGUGCCAUGCCUGGCCCAUCCCAUAUUUUGGUUUUUUUUAAAUAGUGUAUUUUAUCAUCGUUGGAAUGUCUGGCAGGAAAAUGAUUCUCACCUGCUUACCGCUCUUUCCUCUAAAUGCUUCUAGGGACUAGCAUUUUUGUUUGGUGUAUAUUUUGCCUAAUUUUCACUAGCUGUUAGGGGAGCAGUUCUUUGCCCUAAUUUUCUUUUUCUUGUAUUUUGCCUUGGGUUUUUUUGUUACUGUUUGAUCUGAGGACAACCUUGUCACUGAAUCCGUAGGCAAUAGGCAGCAGCAUAGUCGCGUCAGGCUUUCUGUCUUUUGCUGAUUUGUACUUUCCGUUAGGAGUCUUUGCAGUCUUGUAGCAAUAGCCCCAUAUUUCUUGAAGAACAUUUCCAAGAUUUCUCAGUAGGUUUACGGCCAUGAAAAGCUCUGCUUGAGCACUUUGCCCUCUUAGUUUGCAGCUGUUGAAUGGCUCAAGUAUAUCAUUCCAGACUUCACACAAAAUACCAGCCUCCAAACUGUGCUUUAUGUCCCUCAGGAUCUUUGCACCUGACAUUUGAGAUUCAUCUUCCUCAAUUCUCUCUAGGGCUCUGAGGAUGUUGGCAUGUAUACCUUCAGCAUCGACACUCUGAGAAAUUUGAGCAUUAGAUACUCGUUUGUCAGUGAGUUUCCACAGUCGCUUCCAGCAUAUUGCUAUUUCCAUGUGGGAUUCAAUCACAUUCAGGCAGAUUCAGCUUGCACAAUUAAGGAAGGUUUGGAACUCUUAAACAACAAAUACACUUUUUGCAAUAAAGAAAGUGAUUGGAAAAUGCACUGGAAAGUGUGGGAUUGCAGUUUCCAGACCAAGCUCCAAGGGGAGUUCCACAUAGAACACACUGCAGUAGUCCAGUCUCAGGAUCACUAACCCUUAGAUUAUAGUGGCAGGAUAAAGGUAAAAGGUAAAGGUAUCCCUGACCGUUAGGUCCAGUCACGGAUAACUUGGGGGUUGUGGCACUCAUCUCGCUCUAUAGGCUGAGGGAGCCAGCGUUUGUCCACAAACAGCUUCUGGGUCAUGUGGCCAGCAUGACCAAGCCACUUCUGGCGAACCAGAGCAGCGCACGGAAAUGCCGUUUACCUUCCUGCUGGAGCGGUACCUAUUUAUCUACUUGCACUUUGAUGUGCUUUCGAACUGCUAGGUGGGCAGGAGCAGGGACCGAGCAACGGGAGCUCACCCCGUCACGGAGAUUCGAAUUGCCAACCUUCUGAUCAGCAAGCCCUAGUCUCUGUGGUUUAGUUCACAGUGCCACCCAGGAUAGCCUAAUCCAAAUAUGUGUCAAGCUGGUGCAGCAGAUGAAGCUGAUGAAAGGCUCGCUUAGCCAUGGGGGGCCCUUAGGCCUCAGAAGUGUAGCAACACAUUGCUACCUUUUUAGAGGUGACUUCUUCCUUAUUUUCUUCUGAAUUUCUUGACAGCUACCAAGUUAGCUGCCUUUCUCCUGCUUGCAGAAAUCCCAGCGACCACCUGCUGAUUGACAACCAUGAACCCCAAACAGUCUUUACGCCUCUUCGGGUUCCUCCUGACAUUUGCCACCGCUCUGGCCACGGAUCUGAUGCCAAGGCAAGACAGCCAGAUAAGUGAGUAACUCACAGGAAGACAGAGGCAGAAGCUGCACUCUGGGGAGAUAUUAAAGGGUGCCUGGAAGGAGAUGAGCAAGAUUUCAAACCUAGGACUGCCCUACGUCUGGAUUUUCCCAGACAUUACUGGGAUUUCAAAGGCAGAAUUGACGUCCAGGGUGAAUUUCCGAAAGGCGGUGCUUUGUCCUGGAUCUUGGGCAAGUCAGUCAAACAACUUUUGGAGUGUCCUGGUUUUUACUUUUUAAAAUAGGGCAACCCUACCAAACCUGUUACUUCAAAGGUAACUGGUUUGGAAGGGACCCGAGGCAUCAUUCAGAUUGACACCGCCCCCCCACCCCCAACAAACCUCAUAACAGGUAUCAACGUGCUGUUGUAUGAACUGCCAACAAAGCAAAUGGGUCUCAUUGCUCCCCCUGGUGGAAUUUGCUUAUAGCAACUCAAUUGUUCAGCAGGAAACACAUCCCCCUUUUUUUGCUAGCUACAGACACCAACUCAGCAACUGCACUGCACCUGCUCUGCUACCACCCAUUAUCUUCCCUCCACAGUGUCUAGCUGCACGUUGAAUGCAUGACACCCCAGACUCAGAUCCACCCUGCGACUUUUCAAUUUCACCUCCUUCCUUCCUUCCUUCCUUCCCAAGUGUCCACCCAGUGUUUCAUCGCCCCCUCUGAGGCCUCCGUAGCCCCCAAGCAUCCAUAUAGGGUUCCCAGUCUGAUGCCAGCACCAGUAUUGGUGGAUGGAAAGGAGGAGUUUGAGGUGGCCCAGAACUUGGACUCUUGACAUCGUCCAGAACUUGGACUCUUGACAUCGUCCUGGAAAGCUGCAAUAUCUCACUGACUGCAAGGGCUGUGGACCAAAUGAUCAGUCCUAGGAAGCUAAAGUGCAUGCUCCAAAGGUGGUGACUCAGUUCCACAAACACUGCCCUAACAAAGCCAGCGCCUGAGGGUGGCACGUGCCCCUCUAACUGCCAGGUUUCAAGGUGCUUCUUUCAAAAUGGCGCCAGGCCAUGUCUUGCACCGAGUACACUGUCCAUGUUUUGGGACGGAGGUGCGGCAUAUGCACAUAUAUACCACCAGGGCUGGGCAAUAUGUGGUUUUCAACAUUGCGAUAUAUAUCACCAACUAAACAUUGCGAUGCAUCGAUAUAUCACAGUGCCUGAAAUAAGGACAGAGCUAUGUAAAGGCACUGGCUGGCUUCAAAGUUUAUCUCACAUUGCGAUUUUGGUAUAGCACACACACACACACACACACACACACACACACACACGCAAGCACCAUUAUUCACGAUAUAUAGCCAGGUCAAAAAUUAUGAAACUGAUAUCAUGAUAUGGACUUCAGACCAUUUUUGGAUGAUAUAUUGAUAUGCUGUAUCACCCACCCCUAUAGACCACCCAAUGUUCGGCCCCUGUAAGACAUCUUCAGCAUAAAGGAACAAAAGGCACACCCUGACUUCGCCUCUGGCGACCGGGAAGCAAGAAAGCUGAGCUCCACUAGCCACUGAAAACCAGAACUGGCUACCCAGUCCAUCAAAAUGUGUGGCUCUCUGGUUAAAAGCAGGCCAGGUUAUCUACCUCCCCACCCCCACCCCCUGGUCAGUUGGCAUUGCUUGCUGAAAAUGUACCUAACAUCUUUUCCCUUCCUCAGGGAAACCUCGACCAAUUAUUGCACAAUACCACCAAAAGGGAGUUACAGAUUGUGCCACUUUUGUCCUGAGCACAGAUAGGAAAACUCUCUAUGUGGGAGCCAGAGACACCGUUGUCGCUCUUGACACUGCCAGAGCUAAAAUCAACAACCAAAAGGGCAUGGUGAGUAAGAAACGGCAAUUCAGAAUAAGAAGUGCAGGGGGAAGACUUGGGGUGGUCUUCUGGUUAGCCCUCCUCUAGAUGACAGCCCUUGUCUUCCCCCACCCACCACUUUUUGGAGAGAUGUUGGGAAGCCUUUUCUGAAAAGGUUUCCUACAUGUGCACUGGAGUUCUUUGCGUUUCAGCCCUCACCCUGGCCAAACCAUUGUUUGCUGUUAGACACCCCAACCAGGAAACUGUGGCUUGUGUGCUUGCCAUCCAAACCGGGUGUGAAAGAAACCACAGCUUGUAGUUGGUUUAUAGUCCUGGUAUGAUGUGCAAUAAAAAAAAUUGUGGUGUGGUCACACCAGGGAAUAUCCAAAUUUAUCAUAGAGGGGAGAAGAGAGAAAGAGCAAAGGCAAGGAUGGGGAAGAAAUUGAGUUCACAGCUUAACGUGAACCCACUCAACUGACACCUUGCCCCAAACAAUGCACAAACUGAAGCACAACUAUUAUUCAAAACUCACGCUUUUCUGAAUUUCGGAAUGUAGUUCUGCAGCCAAAAAGUGUCAAUCAGGAGAACUGUUUGCAAAAUGUGUGUGUGUGUGUGUGUGUGUGUCUGUGUUUAUGUAAACAUACAAAAUGUAUUACAUUAGGCAAAACUGCCCACAACAAUGUGUGCAUUAGGAGAAACUUGCGCUAAAACGCUGGCAUUUUUUGUGAGGACUUCAGAAAAAUAAAGCAUGAAUCAAUACAGAAAUGUGGAAAAUUGAACUUAAGAUUAGAAAAGUAAGAAACGGAGUGAAAGCAAAAUAGAUGGCUUCAUCCAUCCCUAUUGCACGCAGGCAGAAGGCUCAGCCCCACAGUUUGCCAUUUCUGUCAGCUUAGUUAGCGUUUUAUUCGAAUACAGAGACUGUUGCUGGUAAAUAGAGGCAGUCUUUAUUUAUUUAUGUAUUGGCUUAUUUAACAGCAUUUCUAAAUCACUUAAUUAUUUUUUUUCAAGAGAACUCGAAGCGGUAUACAUAAACACAACAUUGAAACAGUAUUUUUUUAAAAAAAAAUCCCAGAUGUGUUAGCUUAAGGCUGAGCAUUUGCACUCUUGGCAACUAUCCUUGUUGUUGUUAUCUUUCUCUAAAGCUCCCUUCUUCUACUUUUCCUGUAAUAGGUACGCUGGGCCCCCACGAGGGAGAUAAAGGACGUCUGUAAACUCAAAGGCAAACAGGAGGUAAUGGGGUGAGGGGUAGAGGAUAAGGGAAGUUUUACAACCUAAGAAUGUGGUGUGCAGGGCUGGGCCACUCAUGGGUCUGGGUGAGGUACUUGCCUCAGGGCGGCAGCUAGGAAAGUUGGCAAAUCUGGUCUCCCAGGAGUGCACCGUUCACCGUUCUCCUCCUCUUCAGCCCACCUCCUGCACAGCCCUCCUGCAGCCACAGCCGCCUCCUCUUCCACAGACCCCCCACCCGGCAGUUGCCACAGCAGCCUUCUCCUCCAGUGCUCGCCUCAGCAGCAUGAGCAGGAGAGGCUGUCUUGUCACGUUCUGAAGUGGAGCAGUACUAACCUAAUGCUAUUACAUCCAAGCUCUAAAAUCUUCUAGCUGCACUGCUGCUUCAUGAUUCUAUGACUAAAUAAAUAGAUCCACCAUCCAUUGAAACCUUCAAGAUCCCCUUUGAGCUUGCAGAGCAGGAAAGGGGCUGGCUUUUCAUGCUUUUUAACAACCUGCCAGUGGAAGCCUCCUCUGGGAUAGAAAUGUUACCUGGAAGUUGAAUCCUGAUUUCCCCCUCUUCUUCUCCACAGAUGGACUGCUUGAAUUUUAUCCGUGUCCUGGUGCAACUGAACGACACACACCUUUACAUCUGCGGGACGUAUGCUUUCAAACCCACCUGUGCUUACAUUGUGAGUUCCUGGGGGAGAGAGAUGGGGGGAUGACAAGGGCCUUCAGUGUGACUGGUCCUGUUCAGUGGGACUCUUAUUCCCAGGGUCAGGGGUUGGGGGACACGGGUGGUGCUGUGGUCUAAACCACGGAGCCUCCUGGGCUUGCUGAUCAGAAGGUUGGCAGUUUGAAUCCGUGUGACGGGGUGAGCUCCCGUUGCUCUGUACCAGCUUCUGCCAACCUACCAGUUUGAAAGCAUACUAGUGCCAGUUGAUAGAUAGGUACCACUGCGGCAGGAAGGUGAAUGGCAUUUCAGUGAGCUCUGGCACUUGUCACUGUCCUCCGUGCGCCAGCAGCAAUUUAUUCAUGCUAGCCACAUGACCCAGAAAGCUGUGUGUGGACAAACGCUGGCUCCCUUGGUCUGAAAAGCAAGAUGAGGGCCACCCCACCCCAUAAUCGCCUUUGACUGCACUUAACCGUCAUGGGGUCCUUGACCUUUAACUUUAUCUUACUGUAUGUUCAAGCCCUACAUUGGGCAAAGAGAUUCCUGCAUUGCAAGGGUUUGGCCCUUGUGGUCCUUCCAACUCUAUGAUUCUACACAAACACGACUGGAACAGCAUUCCUGCUGAGAUACCUGUGCUUUCCAGAAACAGCUGAAGACAAGCUUUUCUAGCUGUGUGAAAAUGUGCCUGUCAUCAUGGGUGUUGAUUUAGUAUUGUGUUUAAACUCAUAUUCCAUUGUUUUCAUACAGUCUUUAAAACUAUUUUAACUUCUGCUUCAUAUGAUGAAUUGUCUUGAAACAUAUAUGCAAAAGAAAAUUCAUAAAUUAAUAAAGAACAACUUCAGUCUCCAUAUUGAAUGAAUGAAGAGGUUAUAUCAGGGGUCAGCAACCUUUUUCAGCCGUGGGCCGGUCCACCGUCCCUCAGACCAUGUGGUGGGCUGGACUAUAUUUUUUUGGGGGGUGGGGAUGAACGAAUUCCUAUCCCCACAAAUAACCCAGAGAUGCAUUUUAAAUAAAAGGACACAUUCUACUCAUGUAAAAACACGCUGAUUCCCAGACCGUCCAUGGGCUGGAUUGAGAAGGUGAUUGGGCUGCAUCCAGCCCCCGGGCCUUAGGUUGCCUACCCUUGGGUUAUCUAAAGCCAUGGGUAGUGCCAGGAGCAGGUCAGUAAUAAAACACCUGGUGUCUGUGAAGUUGACUCUUUAUGUCACCUACCCACCCAUGAAACUGGAGUAGCCUAGGGACUAAGAGGCUGAGCCAUAAGACCGCAGAUCCCUGGUCCAAAUCUUGCUUUGCCAUGAAGUUGCUAGACAAACCUUAAGCAAGCCAUUCUUGUUCACACCUCAUCUCCCCCAUCUGUAAUAGGGGAAUAACAGUCAGAGUUUAGUCAGAGCUCAGUCUCACCAUCUUCCAAACAUAGAGCCCAUGUGGCUAAAGGAUUCACUCUUGGUUGGGAAGAUCUGAGUUUGAGCCUCAUCCAGCCACAAAACUUACUGAACAUCUUUGAACCAGUUGAGCACUCCCUCUUGACCUAACCACGAAAUUGUUGGAAGGAGAAGAACAAAGCAAGGGACCAACAUAUAGCACCCUGAACUCCUUGGAGGAAGAGAAGACCCGUGCUCAAAAUGCAACAGAUAUAAUUAUGCAUAGUGAUAUUAGCAGGAAAUGACACAUCCCAAAUUCUACAGCAGUCGGGAUGCUUGGUUUUUGAAGCACACCAUCCCAUACAUUCUGUUCCUUUUUGUCUCUUCCCUUUCCUUUUCCUGUCUUGCUAGGACCUACAAACAUUUGCUGUGGUGACUGAUGCAGACGGCAACCUCCGCCUUCAGGAUGGGAAAGGUGUCACCCCCUAUACUAACAAGUAUAAGAACACAGCAAUUCUCAUUGGUGAGCCAUAUGGAAAGGGAAGGGAUCCACUUCCUUUGAUAUUGAAUGUUUGCAGCACCCCCUAAUGCCCCCUCCUGAGCCACUUUCCUGCCCCCAUGACUCAUUGCAAAGGCUCUCGUCCAGCCUCCCACAACUGAGUGCCCUUCUGAUGUUUUUGGACUACAAAUCAUCUGUGUUGGCUGGGGCAGAUGGGAGUUGUAGUCUUAAACAUCUGGAGAGCAUCCUUCUGAGGGAAGCCCCGGACUGUCUCCUUACUAUUUGAAUGCUAGAAGGGUAUUUGUUCUUAUUUAAAUAUAUGACUAGCCCCAACACUAACCACUACAGCACACUGGCUUCCUAGAGCACUUCUGCAAUGAGGCAGCUAUAUAAAUCAAGUAGGUAAAUAAAUAUGGGGAAAGCAAAAUAUCACUCAGAGAAGAAUCUGAAAUAUUUUCCUUGAAGCUUGAAUUUGUUUUAUUCUGGAUUGUUUCAUUUGAUAUUUUGAUGUGUUGUCAACCACGUUGAGAUUUUCUCUCUAUUUAAAAUAUAAAGCAGUAUAGAAAUAACAGGAGCAGCAGCAGCAACAACAUCAACAACAACAACAACAGUAUGUGAAGUGGCAUGCUGUGUAUUGCACAGAUCCAUGCAGGUGCCUUUCACAUGGAUGUGCACUGGAGACAAGAUAUCCACUUUGAGAUACAACUACAGCCCAUCCAUGAGGCAGACUGAGGCAGCCCCCUCAGGCGGUGGAAUCCAAGGGUGGCCUUCCUCAACACACACACACACACUGUUGUCUCCAUUAGAGAAGCAGCUGCGGCACCUUCUAGGAAGAGAUCUCACAAGAGCAUCAUAAAAUAUUAUGAGAGCCCUUUGAGAUCUCGCUGCAGCCGCAUGACCCUAGUAAGCAAGACUUGUGGGGCGGCAAGGGGGGGCAUGUGGCACAUGCAGGGCACGCUUUCUCGUUUUGCCUUAGGUGGCAAAACAGGAUGAGCCAUGUCUGUGUAGUGGUCCUGGGGAGAGAGCUUAUCAAGGUGAGAAAAGCACACUCGCUGCCAAGAUCUAUAGCCAUGCAUCUCCAGGGUAAAAAUGGGGGCAGUGUAUUACCAGAAAUCCAGAAAGCAGGGACUGUUCCUGGGAAAGAACCAUCUUCUUUCCUGUCUUUACUCUGCAGAUGGUGAACUUUAUGCAGCUACCAAGAAUGACUUUCAAGGGAUAGACCCUAUCAUCACUCGUACCCUGGGCAGCAAGACAAUUUUGAAGACAGAGCAAUGGAUGGAAUGUAAGAGCAGGUUUGGGGCACUGAGGGAGUGGAAAGUUUCUUAAUCAUCCAAAUAGAGUCCAGUGACUCCCACUGCCCACCACUGCCUGGUCACCUGGGCAGCUGAUACGUUAAUGGAUUGGUCGGACGCAGAGGAAUGGAGGGAGGAACCAGCUGGGGAACCACCAAGGAAAAAAGGCUCAGAGCCCGGGGAGUUGUGGUAGGACAAAGAUGAGUGCUCACAGGGAGAAAACUGGGAAGAGGAGGUGUCGGAAGCUGAGGAGGCAACAGGGCUUAGUGAGCAGGAAGAAUCUGUAACAGAGAGAAGUCCAGAAUAGAGGCAAAAGAUGAAGCAGGGCAGGGGGGAGCCAAGAGGCAGAGAUGAGUCCAGCUGCUGAAGGGCCAUGGGUGUCUCCCCCUUCUGCUGCAACAAGCUCCCCUCCCCACUUGUCUCCCAGAACCUGAAGAAACUUGAAAAGUGUGAAGGAGAGUCUCUGAUUGCCUGGAAUAAACCCUGGAGAUGAAGGGACUUAGACAGCUGUGGGGAGGUGAAAGCUUUCAGUCUUAGCAACUGCUUCAUGGGGCCAGUACUUACUUAGCAGAGAUGGGUUGUUGUGCUCAUUAGGCCUGACACUUCUGUACAGAGAGUUAGCACCAACUUGCACAGUGUGAUUUACUGCUGGCUGGCUGGCUCCUGACAGUUAACAGGUUGGUGCCUGGAGAAGAUGCAUCUCCUCAACAACCAGCACUCCCUUUGGAAUUCACGCCAGUGGGGUCAUGAACUGAGAGGGUGAAGGGCAUCUCAUGUCUGGUCUUUUUGUGGCUUCCCUCUGCAGCUGAUGCAACGUUUGUGGCCUCCAUCAACAUCCCAACUGCCCCAGAUGAUCAGAAAAUCUAUUUCUUCUUUUCGGAAACAGCAAAGGAAUUCAACUACUUGGAAAAGGUGGUUGUUUCGAGGGUGGCGCGCGUUUGCAAGGUGAGCUGCCUCCAAAAUCAAGGGCACAUUUGAGCUGGGACUUGCUUGGCCUAUUUUUUUAACCCUUGAAUGUCUAAAGGAGUAAGAUGUGAGCAUGUGCAGAGUGGCUGUCCCUUGCCUCUUGUCCUGGCAUAUCUGGAAUUGGGAAAGACAGCUUCCCAGGAAGGAAAUGGAGCUAGAAUUUAAUUUUAAUUAUGCUAAUAUAAUGGAAAGGCCAAGCAUUUGGGGGGGGGCUUUUUCAUUUAGAAAAAAAGGCAACACUAAGGCUGCAGUGGUGGAUAGACUCAAUUUUUCCUCCCUCUUUCAUACUGCUACAAAAUUGAGGGCCACCCCCCUGAAGUAGAUUCAGGGCAAGAUAAAUGAGAAGACUUCUUCAAACAGUAUGUUAUUCUCCAGGGGGCCCCGGUCUCAGGGAUUUCAUCUUCUCACGAAAGUUGCCAUGACCCCCAGGUUUCAGCAGGGUCAGGCCUGGAGUGGGCAGCCUCAGGCAGAUGAUGGUGAAGGAGGAGGGAGCAGCAGAUGGAAUUGGGUUGUGGCAACUCAGGUCGGAGGUUCUGUUCCUUUACUCCCACUAUUAGGGAGAGGGAAGCAGACCCACUAGCUCUGCACGCCACUUAUCCCGCAAAACAGCCUCUUGGGGAACUGGGAAGGACUUGGAGGAGCUGGAGGGGUGACUGAGAUGGAGCUGGGGUGGCAGGACACCACCCCAUCACUGAGAACCUGGGGCUGCAUUUGUUGAUGGGACCAGACACACCUACCUUGGUGAAGCACGCAUCUUAAGUACACCUUUCCUGUAAGGGGAGAAAGUGCCUCAUGAAUAAAGCUUGCUAUGCCUUGUCCUUAGUAGCUUGGUGUGAGGGGCACAACAGCUUGUUGAGACAUCUUUGUUUGCUUUUGUCCAGUCAUGAAAACUGGAACCUGCUGUUAAUUUUUUGUAAUGAGACUCCUGUGCCUUAGCCUACUGUCAGACCUGUGCCUACUGCACACCUGAGUAAAGAUUUCUCUCUUACUUAUGCCCAGAAGCCUUUGUUGUGGUGUUUGGGGGCAGCAGCCAGGGCAGAAGUAGUUGCAAGCAAAGACAGGGCUUCCAGUGCAGCACUCUCCGAACAGAGCAAGGGCAAGUUCAGGGAAUCCACACAGGCCAAACCAGGAACCAGCAGCAAAACCGAGAAACAGUUCAAGGUCAAUAUCACAGGGUUGUCCACAAGGUACAACACCGCAGAGAGGCAUAACUAGAGUUGGGAAGAAUGGGCGAGAGACUGGAGGGUAGUGAUGGCACCAGCUCCUUCCCUUCCCAGGAUCUCUACUAUUCUGUGAUUCUAUGAAAACAGUAAAGCACAAAGAAAGCAAGAACAAUUAAUUAAUUGUUUAAUAGAGGAUUAAUAGAGGAAAAACAGCGAUCAUGUGAUUACCCAAACAGCCAUAAAAGAAUCCCAGGGGCUGUUUCUUAAAAGGUUGCCCCUGUCUUCUGCCCGAAGGCCAACAAAGAGAAAGGGGUUAAGUCUCACAGAUAAACUGGACAUCAGAAAUGAAGAUGCUGCAACAACAAAAGGGCCUGAGGGCAGUGGGAGGGAGGGAGGAGAUCAGGAGGGGCCAGGGGAGGAAAUAAGAGACGACUGGUUUGUCAAUGGUCUUGCUUUUCCAUCCUCUUCAGAAUGAUGCUGGAGGAGAAAAGUUGCUGCAGAAGAAAUGGACGACAUUUGUAAAAGCUACUCUCUCCUGCACCCCAGAGGGGCAGUUACCUUACAGUGUCAUUCAGCACGUAUUUGCCCUUCCACAUCAUGGAGGCGACACAGUUCUCUACGCUGUCUUCACUCCUCAGUGGUAAGGCUGCGACAACUCAUUGUACCCAGGGCUAUUUUGUGCCGUAGCCGCUCAAAAUAAGGAUGGAGAAGAGAUCUGGCUCACGUCCCCUUUUUAACAGAAACCUGCCUAAUCUGCACUUCCCUGAACAGCAGGUGAACUGGAACACAACUAUCCUUUGAAAUCUGCACUGCUCUGAAUUUUGCAAUGCAGUUCAAAAGAAAAAGGAAAAGAAAAGUGUGGGAAAAUGCCCAUGUUGGGGAAGUGUGCCUAAAGAUGCCUAAAUUUAUGAAAGUAAUGUACAAAAAGAAUCAUAAUAGGUGAAAAUCUCUUGCAAAAAAGGAAAAUGCAUCUCUUUGGGGAAAUAUGUACUAAUUACAGACAAUUUUUUUAUGUGGACUUCUUCGAAAAAUUCACAAACAGAUAUGGACAUUGUCAAUAGCUGUGUGUCAAUCCGAACUUUUUCUGUGGUUUAUUACCGUAGAUUGUGGCAUGAGUAAAGGUUGGCAUAACUUCAUAUGAAAAGAGAUCCCCUUUAUGAACUUUUCUUGACCUGGAAACCGGAAGUUGUGUCAGAGCCCUGCAUUGUGGGUGCCCUAUAGUUGGCGCCAGUGCUUGGUAGUGUAUGUAUGAAUACAUGUGAGCGCUGGACAUACAUGUGGUUUCUGACACACACAUUGCAACAAGGUGACAAGCUGAUUUUCACACUGGAAAAGUGAGAAAGCAACAUCAGAUUCAUCCAUCCCUAUCUUGGAAUCCAUUCUUUGGUCCCACAGCGCACUAAACUGUAAUGAAGAUAAGUGCCUCUGAGCAUUUGCAGAGUGCCUUUUCAUUCUAGUGGUGCAGCUGACUUGCCCAUCUCUUUGCAGGAAAAUGGGAGAUCUCUGGAGCUCGGCAGUCUGUGCCUUCAGCCUUGCUGCUAUCAACAAAGUCUUUGAUGAUGGGCAAUUCAAAGAGCAAAGCAGCUUUUCCCAAUGGAUGCCUUAUGAGGGGGAGGUCCCAGACCCUCGCCCUGGCAGUGUGAGUAUCGCUUCAAGCCCUCUUAGAAGGGUGUGAGCAGGGACCAGGUGAACAUGAGCUUCUGGUGGGGAAUGCUUACAAAAUUCUCCUCCUUUCUCCCCAGUUUUGGAGCUGUUGUUCUUCUGGAGUAGAAUGGGUGUUUUCAAAGUCCUCUUAUCAGUGCUUUUUUUCUAGAAAAAUAGGUGCCAGUACUCACCAUGAAGUUGUUGCAAUAAGUGCCACACUUUUUGUGGAAAUGUUGUGGAUAGUAGCAGAGGAUAUACUGAUUAAAUAUUAUCCCUCCUCACUCAUACUAGUGAGAUAGCAGCAGAGCACUAUCCCUUAUCUGGAAGCAAGUUGAUGGAUUCCCUAGAAUCAUAUAAGUUCAACAAUCCAGUCUGGCUUGUCCAGAUUGGAUUGUUCCUGAUAAAUUUCCCCUUUAGUUCCCUCUUAAAAACAAUAAUGACACGACAGUCUUCUUUUAAAAGUAUUGGUAAUUUACUUACAUUCAGUUCACAGUUUUGUCCUGAAGGCAGGCUUUAUCUUGCAGUUACAGUUGUAGAGAAAGGAAGUCUGAGCUAGGCCUCAGACUUUCUACCUUGUGGCUUCCAUCCUCUGUAAGGUUGAGCCAGCAGAAGAUGGUAAAAGAGCAGCAGAAGGGCCAACGAAAGGAAGAUGACUUUGUGACUAGUCCUUUUAUAGGGUCUGCUAGGGUCAUGCCCAUCUACCUGGUCACACACAGGGGGAGCGUGGUCCAGAGCAUGUAUGACAGGAAGUUCUCCCUGUCUGGAGCAACAUUCCCCUGUGUGUCCACUCUAGGAAACAGCAAAUGUUGUACAGUAUUUGGCUGCUACAGUGAAGAUACGUCCCACACUUUUUAACAACAAAAAAGAGGUUCCGGUACUGUGUCCCCUUGAAGUACCCCCUGAAAAAAGCACUGCCUCUUGUUAUUCUGGUACAGUGGUGUCUCGCAAGACGAAAUUAAUCCGUUCCGCGAGUCUCUUCGUCUUGCGGUUUUUUCGUCUUGCGAAGCACGGCUAUUAGCGGCUUAGCGGCUAUUAACGGCUUAGCGGCUUUAAGAAAAAGGAAACAAACUCGCAAGAACUCACAAGACGUUUCGUCUUGCGAAGCAAGCCCAUAGGGAAAUUCGUCUUGCGGAACGACUCAAAAAACGGAAAACUCUUUCGUCUUGCGCGUUUUUCGUCUUGGGAGGCAUUCGUCUUGCGAGGUACCACUGUAACUUGGUAGUAGAGUACCUGUUUUGGCUCUCAAAUGGUCCCAGGCUCCAUCCCUGGCAUCUCUGGGCAGCGCUGGGAAAGACGCCUCCCUGAGAGCUAUUGCACAACAUCCAACAUCCCUGACCAUGGGCCAUGCUGGCUGGGUCUGACGGGGGUUGGAGUCCAGCACGUUCUGGAGGGCACCAAUCUGGUAUAGGAUUUUCCAGUAGAGAGCUAGAAGGACCAAUGAUCUGACUCGGCUUAUCCACACUUAUCUUUUGCUCUGCUCUUUCCUGGCACAGGUCCGCACUUAAAAGUUCAGUAUCCAAGCGUUGUUGGUGGUGUUUUUGCCCCGGAGCUUUCCCUGCAAAAACCCGCUCUUUAGUGCUCAAUUGGAGCAAACGUCUAUUUGGGGUUUUGUGGAUUACUGUUUGCUCCAGUUGAGCUUUAAAGAGCGGGUUUUGGGGAGGAAAGCUACGGAGCAAAGAAAAGGGUGCUCAGACAUGGAGCUUUAAAGCAUGGCCUGUGCCUGGAAACAGUGGAGGAAAAGUAGAAUAAUAGAAUCUUAGAGUUGGAAGGGACCCCAAGGUCCAUCUAGUCCAACCCCCUGCAAUGCAGGAAUCUCAACUAAAGACAGACAUCCAACCUCUGAUUAAAAACCUCCAGUGAAAGAGAGUACAAGUCUGUUCCACCGUUGAACUGCUCAUUGUCAGAAAGUUCUUCCUGGUGUUUAGUCGGAAUCUACUUUCUUGUAACUUGAAGCUAUUGGUUUGAGUUACCCUCCAGAGCAGGAGAAAACAAGCUUGCACCAUCUUCAGUGUGGCAGCCCUUGAGAUAUUUGAAGAUGGCUAUCAUAUCUCCUCUCAGUCUCCUCUUUUCCAGGCUAAAUAUACCCAGCUCCUUCAACCGUUCCUCAUAAGGCUUGGCUUCCAGACCCUUAUCAUCUUGGUCUCCUUCAGUAUAAGGCAGGGGUUGUUUUUUUUUGUCAUUUAUCAUGUUUGGGCUUCUUCAUAGUGUCUGUGUCCUAUUUCCAUGGUUGGAAGCAUCGUGCCUCUAAAUAUUAGUUGCUUGGAAUUUCAACUAAGGGGCGAGAGUGCUGUUGAACUCAGGUCCUCCUUGCAGGCUUCCCAAAGCAUCUGGCUGACCGCUGUGAGAACAAGAUGCUGGGCUGACCUCCAGCUCUUUUCCCAUUAUCCCUGCAGUGUUCCAUCACCCCCACUUCACACAACACCCACAGCUUCAUGAGACAGCACUAUGUGAUGAAUGAAAAAAUUCAGCCAAUCGGUAAUCGACCUCUACUGGUGCAGCCAAAUGUGAAAUACACCCAGAUUACGGUACACGAAGUGCAUAACUCCUUGGGAAGGACCUACUAUGUGAUGUUUCUUGGGACAGGUAUGCUUUUAUGCUCCAGUAGUAGAGAUUGAGUUAUUUGUAGGAUGCUUUCCCCAGCGAGGCUCGCCUGGCCCCUUUGUUACCUAUAUUUUGGCACCAGUCAGUAACAUUCCCCGGGCCUUUGGCUCAUCAAACAAUCUAUGGCUGUUUAAACUGGGGCUGGGUUUUAUUGUUUUCGUUAUGUAUUUUUGUGUUUUUAUAUUGCAAACUGCCCUGUAAUCCUCAGAUAAAGGGUGGUACAGAAAUUUUAAUAAUAAUAACAAUAAUACUAUUGAGCUUUGUGAACUAUUUAUUUUUUUGACCCAAUAAGGGGUAAAAAUGAGGGCUGUGACAUUUAGCCAACUAUAUAUUAGGCUAGGAAUUGUUUGGAUUGGGGGGCGUGUUUAUUGCUGUUGUUGUAUCUUUUUUUUUUAUCUUAUGACUGAUGUGGCAAUUGUAAAAUCUGCUUGUGUGCUUUGGUGUUUCGUUUCUUGUUCAUGACUACUUUUGUUCUGUUUUGCCGUUAUGUAAUUUUUAUAUAUAUUAUAAGUCGCCUUGAGCAUGGUUUUAACUUAGGAAAGAGGCAUGCAAAUAAAACGAUAGAUUGAUUGAUGAGGCGGAAUGAAUCGAUCACAAAUUUUUCAAUUUAAAAAAGUAGAAAUCUCAGAGGCUGACUACCUGUCACCUGCCACAGGUGAACCUCCAAAAGCAGAAGUGAGAAUGAACUGCAGGCAAAGUGGAGUUCAGCUUCCCUCACCUGCUUGUCUCCUUAGCUCUCAUAAGUGGACUCCCACCACACAUUUGAGGAGGGCAGGCCUGUAUUUCAACAAACUGUUCCACCACCAUCGUAUCUAAUUUGACACCUCGGCAUCUUCCCUUACUUUCCACAGACCAGGGCAUCAUUCACAAAGCAGUGAUCGUUGGCAACGAGGCAUACAUUGUUGAGGAGAUCCUGCUGUUAGUGAGGCCAGACGCGAUCAGGAGUCUGCUGCUUUUUCCUGAAGAGGUAGGAAGGCUCUGUUGGCUAGAGACUGGAGCUGCGAGCUUUUAAAAGGCUGUAGCUCAGCCGCAGAGCAUUUGCUUUGCAUACAGAAGGUUUUCGGUUCAAUCCCCAGUAGGGCAGGCAAUGUCCCCUGUCUGAGACCCUGGAGAAUUUCUGCCAGCCAGGGGGAGCAAUAGUGAGCUAGAUGAGCCCAGUGGUUUGAUGAGGUAUUAUUAGGCAGCUUCCUCUUUAUGUCAGUUCUUGAUACAAAAACCAUUGGGAGUAGAAAGUACUUUAUUUGUGGUGAAUGGACACAAUGCUUCAUGUGCAGAAGGCCCCAAGUUCAGUUUCCAGCACCUCCACCUCCAGUUAAGACUGGGAAAAGAUUUCUGACUGAAAUCCUAGGGAGCUGAUUCCCAAGCAGUCAAGAGACUUCACCUGCAUGUGUUCAUGGUGAGUUCUGGCACCUCUUUUCCUAGAAAAAGAGCAGUGCGUGUGUGUGUGUGUGUGUGUGUGUGUGUGUACGUGUAUGUAUUAGUUACCUUAUUGAGAGUUUGGGGUUUUGUUGGGCAGAGUACGGUGCCCUGACUCCUUGCCCUGCUGCCAAACACACACAUCUGCCUUUUUAUAAUAAUAAUAAUAAGAUUAGUUUCCCAUUAAAAACAUCCAAUUAAUAACAAAUCAAAUCCAGUCAUAAUCCAAAUCAAGAAAAAACAACACCAAAUUACAAUCCAAAUUAUUAAUUAUUAAAUUUCAAACGGACUUCCCAUAUUCUGGACUUCUGAAGCAAUCAUCUCACACAAUUAUAUUUUCUGCUUUCUUCUUGUUCUCAUAUUUUUCACAUUCCAAUCUUAAACUCUCUCAAAGUCCUCAGUCCCUGGCUGAUCGAGUCUCAUCAUGUUAAACAGCCAUGUAUCCUUUCAUCUGCCAAGUACAGGUACAGUAUAUAUAUAUAUAUAUAUAUAUAUAUAUAUAUAUAUAUUCCUUCUGUCCAUUUGUCAGUGCAGCUUUUCCUGGCUCCACUCUUAUCUCCCAGUCUGGGCUGUUGACCCAGUAUUCCAAAGUUGUUAUGUUGUUAAGCAUACUGUUCGCUAACAUAUGUAGCAAUGAAGAUAUAAAUCAUUUGGUGAUUGAUCAGCUUUUCCAGGGACCACUCAGACCCAUCUCUGGGCCCUGGAGGGGGGCUGCUAGACACCCGCUUCGCCUUCUCUCUCGCCCAUGAUGAAGAAAAGCAUGCAAACAGAUUCACUGUAUAUUGUGGGAUAUUUCCCAAAUUAUUGUCUCAGAUUGUUGUAGAAUCAGCCAACAAAUGUUUCCUACUCCCUCGAAGAAGGGAGUAAUUCGCUCUUUUUUAUCCUGCGUGAGAGCUAGCAAACGCCAUCUUGGCCGCUCCUUUAUCUUUUGUCAAGUCCGAUUAAAACUGCGCAGCUGAAUAAUUAAUUGUGAACAGAUAUCCACCUGUACUCCAUUUAAAAAUUAGAUCUCUCUAAUGAGGUUCAGCACAUAAAAGCAAAUGUAGAUAUAAAGAAAGUAUGUACCAAUCACCUCCGUAAAUCAAGACACCAUGAUGAGAAUCUCUUUGAAGUCCAAACUUAAACACCACCAACUGUGCAGUUCCGCAGAUUGUUUCCUUUUUCUCCUUCAGUCCAGAAUAUGCCUGUUUUUGGUCAAAUCUUAUUAAUUUUUAAGAAACAGGUGUCCUUGCAUGUAGGAGUGGCUCUGGAGAGUGCCAGCCAUGCUGUGCUCUUAGACCCAGCGCCCCUACCACUCGCACCUUGAUGCGAGCCGACAGAUCACGGGCUAUCUGCGGGUCUGUGAGACAGUCCUCCCCCACCCUGGGGAGUCUGCCAGGGCUAAUUACUCCCAUAUUAGCCCUGGGUUACUGGCACGGCUGGGGUCCCUUCAUGUGGGAGGCAGCCAUUUCCCACAGCAGAAAGCCGGAAGUUGCAAACACACACCCUCUGUCUAACUCACAUUGAUGUUUUGUCAGGCAGGGCCAAAACGCCUCCCUGUAGCUUGUAGUUAAAUGUUUAUAUAACUACAUUUUGAUUUGACUUUUUAAAGCCUGGUGCCUGUUGUUACGAUGACUCCCACAACUUAAUUAUAUACCAGUUGCGGAAGGAUGACCUUUGGCCUGUCAUCCUUUAAUGGGUUCCAAAUAGUAAUGGAACAUCUCUGUCUGUGCAUUGUCAGGGAAUCCUGCAUGUGGGGCAUGGCAAAGGAGUCCUUCAAAUAUCAGUGGCCAACUGUGGCAUUCACAAAAGCUGUACCGACUGCAUUGCAGCGCGAGAUCCAUACUGUGCCUGGAACGGACGCAGGUGCAAAGAAAUCCAAAUCUCCAAUACUAACAGGUAAGUAUUUGUAAGCUAGAGAGCACUCUGUGAAAGCACAUAGAAGGGUUAAGGAUAGCUCAGUCAGUACAGCAUGAGACUCUUAAUCUCAGGGUUGUGGAUUCGAGCCCCACCUAGGGCAAAAAUUCCUGCCUUGCAAGGGGUUCGACUAGAUGAUCUUCGUGGUCCCUUCCAACUCAAUGAUUCUAUGAAAGGAUGAGUUCCUUAGUGGGGAUGGGGAGUUGUGGAAUUUGGUUUGAGUUGCAAAUAAAUGCAAACCUACCUUAUGUGCACUUCAGUUCACUAGGUGAUUUGAAAUGCAGCUGUCUUCGGAUUCUGCAGUGCUGCACACAAAAAUUGUUGUAAUAGUGAAAAUAAUGUACUAUAAUUCAUUAGAUUAGGAGAUUUGGGUGUGUGUGCAUAGAUUAAGCACAAUUGCCUAUAAAAAAUGCAAGUUGGUUGCAAUGUACAUGGAACUGUAUGAAUUUUCAUGCAGACCUUAAAACUGGAAAACACUAAACAGAUUAUUCCAUCCUUUCCUCACACUGAAACCCACACCAUACAUUUAAAGCACCACUUUAACAGACAAUCCUGGGAAGAGAUGUGUGUUAAGGGUGCUGGGAACUGUAGGUCAAUGAAGUCAGGACCUGUAACAAACUACAGUUCACAGGAAUCUUUGGGGGAAGCCUUGACUGUUAAAGUGGAAUAAGACUACUUUAAAAGUAUAAUGUGAAUGUGACCUUGCUAUGGUCCAGCAAGGCGGUUCUUACUUUCCUGGGUCCUUCCUUUCCUUAGGGAUAACUUGAAGCAGGAUAUUGAGGGAGGACGGCCAGAAAUUGGGUGCAGCAGAAGCAGCAGCAGCAGCAGAAGAAGCAGAGCUUCCCCAAGCUCAAUUACUGUGGUGGUUGUGAUGACCUUGGUUUUCUUCUCCUUCCCUGACAAUCUGAAAAUGGAAGGGCCGGGAUGCAGGAGCCUCUCUAAAGCCAAUAAAGCAUCAGGUCAAGAGAAACUCCUGCUUCGUGACAGCCAGAGCCUUCCACAAGGCAGCCUUUGCCAGGAAGCUGCCAACAGCUCUAAGAUCUGCUGUGUCAAAGGUGGUGGUGGAUCUUUUCAGAACAUCCUGGCUAAAAACAACUGCUUGGACUUCGACCUGGCAUAUGGGGAAGACUCCAGAGGCGUUGUGGCAGUAGAGGGAAUCUAACCUGGUCCAGCUUCAUCCCCCUGCAGGAGCAACCUUUUGAGAUCACAACAGCUCACCACAGGCAACCAAACAAAGAUCUUGCCACUAUUGUGAUGCUGUUCUCAAGCACCACAAAAGUAAACAUGCUGUUACCUCUUGA